AUGCUCCUUCCCGGCCUGAGCCCGAGAGUCCAACCUCCUUUCCCCCAGUGCGCAGGACCACAGCCCCCUCCUCAGACCCCCUCCCCACCAAGCGUCCGUCGCGGUGUGUUUGCGUCAUCGCGCCACGCCACCACUAGAGCCCGGGGGAAGAUGGCGGCAGCCGUUCUUAGUGGGCCCUCUACGGGCUCCGCGGCUGGGGUUCCCGGCGGGACCGGGGGUCUCUCGGCAGUGAACUCGGGCCCGCGUCUCCGCCUGCUGCUGCUGGAGAGUGUUUCCGGGUUGUUACAGCCACGAGCGGGGCCCGCCGUUGCUCCCGUGCAUCCCCCGGUCCGCUCGGCCCCGCAUUUGCCCGGGCUCAUGUGCCUGUUGCGGCUGCAUGGGACGGUGGGCGGGGCCCAGAACCUCUCAGCUGUUGCGGCAUUGGUGAGUCUCAGUAAUGCACGUCUUGGUUCCAUUAAAACUCGGUUUGAGGGCCUGUGUCUGCUGUCCCUGCUGGUAGGGGAGAGCCCCACAGAGAUAUUCCAGCAGCACUGUGUCUCUUGGCUUCGGAGUAUUCAGCAGGUGUUGCAGUCUCAGGACCCGCCCCCCACAAUGGAGUUGGCUGUGGCUGUCCUGAGGGACCUGCUCCGAUAUGCAGCCCAGCUUCCUGCACUGUUCCGGGACAUCUCCAUGAACCACCUCCCUGGCCUUCUCACAUCCCUGCUGGGCCUCAGACCAGAGUGUGAGCAAUCAGCAUUAGAGGGAAUGAAGGCUUGUAUGACUUACUUUCCUCGGGCUUGUGGUUCUCUCAAAGGCAAGCUGGCCUCAUUUUUCCUGUCUAGGGUGGAUUCCUUGAUACCUCAGCUCCAGCAGUUGGCCUGUGAGUGUUAUUCCAGACUGCCCUCUCUAGGGGCUGGCUUUUCCCAGGGCCUGAAGCACACUGAGAGCUGGGAGCAGGAGCUGCAUAGCCUGCUGACCUCACUGCACAGCCUGCUAGGGACCCUGUAUGAGGGAGCAGAGACCGCUCCUGUGCAGAACGAAGGCCCUGGAGUGGAGACACUGCUUUCCUCCUCAGAAGAUGGUGAUGCCCAUGUUCUUCUCCGGCUUCGGCAGAGGUUUUCAGGACUAGCCCGCUGCCUGGUGCUAAUGCUCAGCUCUGAAUUUGGGGCUCCCGUGUCCGUCCCUGUGCAGGAAAUCCUGGAUCUCAUCUGCCGAACCCUCAGCAUCAGUGGCAAGAAUAUUAACUUGCUUGGAGAUGGUCCCCUGCGGUUGCUGCUACUGCCCUCUAUCCACCUUGAAGCCUUGGACCUGCUCUGCGCACUCAUCCUCGCGUGUGGAGGCCGGCUCUUGCGCUUUGGGGUCUUGAUCAGCCGCCUACUUCCCCAGGUCCUCAAUGCCUGGAGCAUUGGUAGGGAUUCCCUCUCUCCAGGCCAGGAGAGGCCUUACAGCACCAUUCGGACCAAGGUAUAUGCCAUAUUAGAGCUGUGGGUGAAGGUUUGUGGGGCCUCAGCCGGAGUGCUUCAGGGAGGAGCCUCUGGAGAGGCCCUGCUCACCCACCUGCUCAGUGACAUCUCCCCUCCAGCCGAUGCCCUUAAGCUGCGCAGCCCCCGGGGGAGCCCUGAUGGGGGUUUGCAAACUGGGAAGCCCAGUGCCCCCAAGAAGCUAAAGCUGGAUGUGGGGGAGGCUAUGGCUCCACCUAGCCACCGGAAAGGGGAUAGCAAUGCCAACAGCGACGUGUGUGCAGCUGCACUGAGAGGCCUCAGCCGGACCAUCCUCAUGUGUGGGCCUCUCAUCAAGGAGGAGACUCACAGGAGACUGCAUGAUCUGGUCCUACCCCUGGUCAUGGGUGUCCAGCAGGGUGAAGUCCUAGGCAGCUCCCCGUACACCAGCUCCUGCUGCCGCCGUGAACUCUACCGCCUGCUGCUGGCACUGCUGCUGGCACCUUCUCCUCGCUGCCCACCUCCUCUUGCCUGUGCCCUGCAAGCUUUCUCCCUUGGCCAGCAAGAGGACAGCCUUGAGGUCUCUUCUUUCUGCUCAGAAGCACUGGUGACCUGUGCUGCUCUGACCCACCCCCGGGUUCCUCCCCUGCAGUCCAUGGGCCCCACCUGCCCUGCACCUGCCCAAGUUCCCCCUCCUGAGGCCCCAUCUCCCUUUAGGGCCCCACCCUUCCAUCCGCCGGGCCCUAUGCCCUCAGUAGGCCCUAUGCCCUCGGCAGGCUCCAUGGCCUCGGCAGGACCCAUGCCCUCAGCAGGACCCAUGCCCUCCACAGGAUCCAUGCCCUCAGCAGGCCCUGUGCCCCCAGCACGCCCUGGACCUCCAGCCACAGCCAACCACCUAGGCCUCCCUGUCCCAGGCUUGGUGUCUGUGCCCCCCCGGCUCCUUCCUGGCCCUGAGAACCACCGGGCAGGCUCAAAUGAAGACCCUGUCCUUGCCCCAAGUGGGACUCCGCCACCUACUAUACCUCCAGAUGAAACUUUUGGGGGGAGAGUGCCCAGACCAGCCUUUGUCCACUAUGAUAAGGAGGAGGCCUCUGAUGUGGAGAUCUCCUUGGAAAGCGACUCUGAUGACAGUGUGGUGAUCGUGCCUGAGGGGCUGCCACCCCUGCCACCCCCACCACCCUCAGGCACCACACCUCCCCCUAUAGCCCCCGCUGGGCCACCAACAGCCUCUCCUCCUGUGCCAGCCAAGGAGGAGCCUGAGGAGCUUCCUGCAGCCCCAGGGCCUCUCCCACCACCCCCACCUCCGCCCCCACCGGUUCCUGGUCCUGUGACACUCCCACCACCCCAAUUGGUCCCUGAAGGGACUCCUGGUUGGGGAGGACCCCCGGCCCUGGAAGAAGAUUUGACAGUUAUUAAUAUCAACAGCAGUGACGAGGAGGAGGAGGAAGAGGAAGAAGAGGAGGAGGAGGAGGAGGAAGAAGAGGAGGAGGAAGAAGACUUUGAGGAAGAGGAAGAGGAUGAAGAGGAAUAUUUUGAAGAGGAAGAAGAGGAGGAAGAAGAGUUUGAGGAGGAAUUUGAGGAAGAAGAAGGUGAGUUGGAGGAAGAAGAGGAGGAGGAGGACGAGGAGGAAGAAGAAGAGUUGGAAGAGGUAGAAGAGUUGGAGUUCGGCUCAGCAGGAGGAGAGGUGGAAGAAGGUGGACCUCCACCCCCAACCCUGCCUCCAGCUCUGCCCCCACCGGAGUCCCCCAAGGUGCAGCCUGAGCCAGAGCCAGAACCUGGACUGCUGUUGGAAGUGGAGGAGCCAGGGGCAGAGGAAGAGCAUGGGGCUGAGACAGCCCCCACCCUGGCUCCGGAAGUUCUCCCCUCCCAGGGCGAGGUGGAGAGGGAAGGGGGAAGCCCCGCAGCAGGGCCCCCUCCUCAAGAGCUUGUUGAAGAAGAGCCUUCUGCUCCCCCAACCCUGUUGGAAGAGGGGACUGAGGGUGGGGGUGACAAGGUGCCACCCCCACCAGAGACACCUGCAGAAGAAGAGAUGGAGACAGAGGCUGAGGCCACAGCUCUCCAGGAAAAGGAACAGGAUGACACAGCUGCUAUGCUGGCUGAUUUCAUCGAUUGUCCUCCUGAUGACGAAAAGCCACCGCCUACCACAGAGCCUGACUCCUAGCCCUCUUCUGCACCCCCACUCCUUGUUUCAAAUAAAGUUAUGUCCCUAGAUAGCGA